UGGGCCGCUGAAGGAAGCUGUGGAGGUGCUGUCACCGUGUUUCUGUCGGCUGUCUCCUUUGCCAAGAGCAAAUCAAAGAACAUUCUAGUGAGAAUGGUAAGCCAAGCUGGGACAGGUUUCUCUUUCAACACCAAGAGAAGUCGCCUAGGGGAGAAACGGACUCUACUGCAUUAUGAUCCAUUUGUGAGAGCAAAAGUCCUCUUUGUGGAACAGGAAAAAAUACGCUCUAUCUGAACAAUAGAUUGAAAAUGCAUUUGAUUUAUAAAUGAGAAGACUGAGGGCGGGGUACUAAUUCUGAAAUUCUGCAGCAUGUAAUAAAAGAAGAGGAAAUGACAAGGCAUCUCUGCCUCCUGUGAUUUGAAGGCCAUUGUGAAGAAAACAAUGC